CUACUUUGCAUGUUUCCAUGUUGAUUCAACGACUCCAAUAUGACAAAAGGUAUACUCUACGUCCUACGCCACAGUCAUCGCUGAGUACAAGAUCUCGCAUCGCGGUUCUCUUCUUCCCACAAUCUCUCUUCGAUAGACACCAUCACGCGAAUACCAAACAGCCAACAUCAUCUCACAUCUCUACUAUAUCUGCAUAUCAUACUUAGUGCCCUGCCAUUUUACGGCUAUUCCUCUCCCGCCGCUCGUCCUGCAACAUGUUCAACGCCGUCAGGAAAGUCGGCUCGUUAGCCAUGCCAGUGGUUCGACCGAACGGCCUAAUCCUUACGAUCUUCUUGAUUCUUUCUCUGAUCGCAGAUGGCGCUGCACAAAGUUCUUCGCAAACGGCUUCGACCGUUUCCCAGGCGGCCUCUGCGGCUUCUCAGGUGGCCUCCGUAGCUUCUCAGGCCAGCUUACAAGCUUCCUCUCAAGUAGGUUCUCAAUCACCCUCUCAGACUCUCGCACAAACAAGUUCUCAGGCCUCAGAAUCAGCGCUUCCAUCAACUGCCGAGCCCAUAUUCUCCUUUGAUGACUCGUGUAAGGCUGAGCAUCGAGACAUUAUUGACAACACGUUCAAAGAUGCUAUGGAGAAUGCCAAGGUCACCGUGGAGAGCCAAACAGCCUAUGAGGAAGAUACGAGCUUCUUGAAUAUAUAUGGUAAAAGAGCAACUGGAAACAUUACAGUUGUCAAGAGUGCUUUCCCAGGAGUGCAGCAGCUUCCAACGCCGAUUCCGUCGGGGUGCAACUUCGACGGCUCAGUUCCGUGUAACGACCGUACCAUAUUUCCCGGAAUUGCCAAGACAGUAGUUGGCAUACAAAAGAGAGACGGCACGCUAAGUCAACAAUCGGGGCUUAUAUUCUGUCGCGAGUUCUUCGAACUUACUCCACUCGACCAUAGGGUUCAGAUGGCGAUUAAUUUCCCCUCGAAUCUUACGGUUCGAUAUAAUCUAGGAUAUGUCCAUGACAAUCAAGGCGAAUGAUACACACAGUUGCACGGUCUUACAGCUAGAUUACUAACGAAAAACAGCUACUACCCUCCUGCGUAUGCUAUUUCAGUUCCUUCCCAUAUCGGAGGACCUAGAUCGACCCAUCUCAGGACCUCUGGGUCAACGUAUGGCAACA